GUUCAUUCACGAGUAAUAAGACGAGUGAUGAACGUCCGUGGCGCACUGACGCACCAAGUUCAGCACCAAAACAAGCUCUGAGACGCGCGCACACCGCCGAGUGACCAUUGUGGAGUACAGUACCAUGCGAGGAGGGGACGCCUGCUGACAGAAAGAAGCAGCUCCAGGCUGUGGAUAUUGCUCUUCCCUCACCUUUUGGAUAACUUGGGGGGUUGGAAACGCUUUCUCUGGACGCUUUUGACGCACGCCAACAAGGAGCUACGGGUGAACUCCCUGGGAGUGAAGAAGGAUUUAUACGUGUUUUUAGAGAUUUUUUUUUCUUCCAUUUGUUUACCUUGGUGUAAAUACUUUGGAGUAGGAAGGUUUUGCUGCUUUAUUAGCUGGCUGGUGACGCGGCUGCCCUGGAGAAGCGAGAAGGAUGGCAGCCUGGUUCACCUUUACCAUCGCAUUCAGCACCACGUUGAUAUCACAGGUAUUUGGAUCCGGUGUUUUUGAGCUCGAUCUGCACGAAUUUAAAAACCACAAGGGUUUGCUGGCGAACGGGAACGCGUGCAAGCCCAACUGCAGGACUUAUUUUAGAAUUUGCCUAAAGAACUAUCAGGCUGUGGUCUCGCCAGGUGACUGCAUCUUUGGAAGUACAAUGACAGCGGUGCUGGGGACGAACUCUUUCAGCGCCAAGGACAGUGGCACUUUACCUAGACCGAUUCAAAUACCCUUCAACUUUGGAUGGCCGGGGUCAUUUUCAUUAAUUAUUGAAGCCUGGCAUUCACCUUAUGGAAAUCUACCUGUAGAUACGAACAACCCAGACUUUUUGAUUAGCCUUUUCGCCAUCCAAAGACAGCUGGGUGUCGGCACCGACUGGUCUCAGGAUAUGCAGGCUGGAAAACAGACAGAGCUGAGAUAUUCUUACCGGUUCAUCUGCAACGAAAGUUACUACGGAGAGAACUGUAACAAAAAGUGCACGCCCAGGGACGAUCGAUUUGGCCACUACACCUGCAACCGUGAUGGGCAGUUAUCCUGUCUGCCUGGCUGGAAGGGGAAAUACUGUGAAGAACCUAUCUGUCUGGAAGGCUGCAGCGAGAGGAAUGGAAACUGCUCCAAACCUGGCGAGUGUGUAUGCAGAGAGGGCUGGCAGGGCACGUUCUGCGACGAGUGUAAGAAGUACCCGGCCUGCAAGCACGGCACCUGCCAGCUGCCGUGGCAGUGUAACUGUCAGGAGGGUUGGGGAGGCCUAUUAUGUGACCAAGAUCUGAACUUCUGCACCCAUCACCAUCCCUGCGUGAAUGGCGCCACCUGCAUGAACACAGGACAGGGCAGCUACACGUGCACAUGCCUGCCUGGCUUCACAGGGGUCAACUGUGAGCUGGAGAUGCAGGAGUGUGACAGCAACCCCUGCAGGAACGGCGGCGUCUGCACCAAUUUGGAGAGCGGCUACACGUGCAAGUGUCUGAAAGGUUUCGAGGGCUCCCACUGCGAGCACAGCCUGCUGACCUGCGCCGACUCCCCCUGUUUCCACAGUGGCAAAUGCUGGGAGAAGGACAAUGGCCGCAGCUACAUGUGCGAGUGUCCCCGCGGCUACACCGGACUCAACUGCGAGAAGAGAGUGGACAAGUGCACGUCGCUUCCCUGCGCUAAUGGUGGUCUGUGUCUGAUCCACGGCGGCAUGCGUGUGUGCAGCUGCCGCGCAGGAUUUACGGGCCAGCGCUGCGAGAUCAACAUCAACGAGUGUGCCGGUAACCCCUGCCUCAACGGCGGCACCUGCCAAGACCGAAUCAACGACUACACCUGCAUCUGUCCCGCGGGCUACGGCGGACGCAACUGCGACAGAAUCCUGGACGAGUGUACCGUUCGUCCCUGCCUCAACGGGGGUGUUUGCAUGGGAGGCGGCGGGCCGGGCAAGCCCCCGGCAACCUGCUUGUGCCCUUCAGGGUCCUCCGGGCCUCGCUGCGAUGUCAUAUCCAAAUCUCCUGGGAACGGAGAGAAUCAAGAUGGCUUCCAGUGGGCGGCGGUCUCUCUGGCCGUGGGGCUGGUGGCGCUGCUGGUGCUGCUGUGCAUGGUGGGCUUGGCUUUGAGGCACAUCCACCGGCAGGCCCAGAGAGACAGCGGGGACACAGAGACUAUGAACAACCUGUCCAACGUUCAGAGGGACAACCUGAUCCCGGCGUCGCAGCUGAAAAACACCAACCAGAAAAUCAGCCUGGAGGUGGACUGCGAAUCGGAGAAAUCGAACUUUAUCCACAAAAACUAUCACUUGGACUCUUACAACUCCAAAUCAAAGGAGUUCAAGGAUGAAAAGUCGCAAGAGGAUAAAAGUCUUAUUUAUGACAAAUGUUUAGAAGACAAAAUGCCGUCGAGUCGACUGUACAGUGAAAAGCCAGAGUGUAGGAUAUCAACGAUAUGUUCCUCAAGAGACUCCAUGUACCAGUCGGUAUUCGUUAUAGCAGAGGAGAGGAGGGAAUGCGUCAUAGCAACAGAGGUAUAAACUGUGAGGGGUCUGAAAAGCGAGGAGGGACGGAAGCAGGGGGGGAAAAAAAAAAGACACAAUCGAGGCAGAAUUUCACAUUCUGGAUUGUUUACAAAUGCUGAGAAGAGACUGGAGAUUGUUUCUAAGACGUCCACUGCUGCUCUGGAACACUUGAGAACUGGAGAGGGCAGAAACAGCUGCCCUGCGGGAAAAAAAAAAAGACAAAAACAAAACAAGAACUGAGAAAACUUUAUGUUGACCGAGUGUUUGUAUGCAAAACAUGUACAGUGAAGGACCUGUUGUGACAAUGCUUGGCGAACAGACUGACAGAGCAUCGGUGAAAUAUUAAUUUAUAAUCUCGGCCAUCCUGGAACGGUGGAAGGAGGUGAAGGUGGAUCAUUGCCCCCCCCCCCAUUCCCCUCGUAUCUGACCCGGCCUUGUGCGAUAAUCAUGAUGACUUUGACAGCCAACCAAUCAGUAAACAAAAAAAAAAAAGGUGCCUAAGGUUUGACCACCUUCAAGCCCCCACCCCCCCCCCCCACACACACACACACACACACACACACACACACACACACACACAUAUACACACACACACUCACUCCUGCCAUCUUCGCCUGCUAUGCAAGACUCAGGGUCGAGACGAGUGAACUCGCCCACCGUCACAAUCCAACCUCACAAACACUGAGAGUUAUGAAUGUCUGAAACUAAUCUUCGACUGUCAAUCAUGUGAAAAAACGACCGGUUGGACGCUGAAGAUUGUAUGCCGCCCAAAUUCACUAGAAGCCUUAAAAAAAAACAAAAGAGGGGGUUUGAAUGCUUAAAAAAAUUGUGCCCUUGUCUGUUCUUGGAUCAUUUGCACUACACAAAGUAGAUCGGGGGGAAAAAAAACACAAGUUUUUAAUCAACAGGGAUUUGAAGAGAAAAACCACAGGAGCGCAAUAGUCAUUGCCGUGCCAGCAAGAUCCAAGAAGAGGGAAAAGAUUGCAUAGAAAAAUGCGUGUUGUUGUUUUUUUUUUAUGCAACGCGACUGAGAAAGACUCAAAAACAUGGAGAAAAGACUGUCACACCACUGCCUGCCUAUAAUAAAUUUCAAAAAAAUACAGAACCAAUAAUGUAAUUUUUUAAAAUGAUUAUUUCCAGAGUUUAAUUUAAAUAUGACACACUGCUCUUUAUAUGUUUUAUAAUAUUAUUUUGUAUAUAAUGCAUAUUUAUAAGGACCAAACUUCUGAAGAAUAAAACUUCCUUGGAAAAUGUU